CUCUCGAACAAUGCAUGCAAUAGCGAAAGAGCUCCCGGUUUCACGGAAUAACAGUAUUGCCUUAGCAAAAUGCAAAAACGUAGAGCAAUGUUUUUUAGAGUGAAUUUUUAUUCAGCCUAUCAGUUUGAGGACGACUGACUGCCGACUGCCGUGGAUUGCCGACUAAUUUAAACUCCAAACUUUAAGACAAACUCUCUUUGAGUACAAGCCAGCUGGACCUGAUACCAGUCUCAUUUCGGUAUGAACAGAGACCUUGAAAAUGGAGGACUUCUUGGUAAUGAAAACAACCCUGAAGUAAGUAAAUUUGAAAAUUGCUAUAAGGGUUUCACAAUCUCUUCUUCCUGAAUCUAGUAGAUGUGGUGUAAACAAAUUCCAGUCGGAAUGAGAAAUCUGUCUGUUUGUGCAGAUUUGCUUCGGUAGGCAAAACAUUGUCUAACUACGUUCGUAUUCCAAAGAAAUUUUCAAAUUCAAUGUUACCGAUAGAGUGCGACCAGAGAGCUUGGAUCGAAAGUUCAUUUUAGCAGUUCUUGAGUUCUCACUUUGCUUCUAACUCUGCCAGCGGCUGACUAAAGAGUCACUCGAUCGGUCUUUUGCAUAUUAUAGCGUGACCUAAACCGAUUUGCAAGCACAUUCCAGUUAACCAUUGACUCGGAAAGUUGAUAUCAUCCGAUUUAAAAUAUUUCUGUCUCCUUCCCUUGAUGGAGAAGUAUAGAAGUAUGGAAUUAUAACGAUGUCGAUAUUUUGGUCGAUUUUUGGGUCAACAGUCGAGCUCUGCCAGCAAGAGCGCUUUAAGAAAUAGAAACCAGAGAAGUCUUGUGCCUAGAGAAAUUUUGGUCACGCAAAGAUGGCUGAUUUAUUGUCUAAAAUUCCACAAUAUUUUUCCAAAGAAAAAGCCGAUAGAUUCUGAAAACCUAUAUACAUGAUGAAUUCAUCACAUUCAAAAUUGACUUGUAUGAAAUGUAGUAAAAGGCAAUGAUCUCUCCCUGAAAGCUCGGUGAGCUGCCUGUGACUGUCUUAUUACACGAAAACACUGCUAUAGGUGUAAGGCUGUAAUAUGGUUUAAUAUGCAUUCGCACGUAUAAUUUUUGACUUCUAAAGCUAAUCAACAUGUAAGCUUUUCUCACAAUAUCACUUGUAAAGGAAGCAACUGUUAUUAAGAAUAAAUACUACCGCAUGGUUUCCAUUGUCUAACGCCCUAUAAAGAAAACAAUGUAAUGCUCCACGUGCGCAAAGACUAUAAGCAGUCGGCUAAUUAUUCGUCAACAAGACGCGGUAGAUUACUGCAAAGCAAAAUCUUCUUUAGCCGCCUCUGGCAUGUUUUACAACCGAAAAGAGCACAGUCGAGGCUUCCCUAUUUGUUAAAUACAGAAAAAAAGAAUGCCUAACAAAGUAAAGUAUGUAAUAGUGUAUUUUGAUCGUCCGGGGGAGUGUAGUCCUGAGAAGGACUGUUGUCGAUAGUGGUGACUGACGUUUCGACAACCUGAACGGAAGUCAUCAUCAGAGUCAAGUGAAAGGUUGUCAGUCGAAUGUUCUAAGUCCGGUUUGUGUACACUGAUUGGUCAGUUUUGCCGUGAUGUUAUUGGCUGUAAGACUCAAGUGGCGUAGGUCAGUCGUGAUUGGUCCGUUUGGAUCCGUUAGUGAAGUUAGGUCGUUCUGUUCGGUUCGUUUGUAAUGUUAAUCACCACUACCGACAACAGUCCUUUUCAGGACUACACUCACCCGGACGAUCAAACUACAUGUUACACCCGGGUUCAAACCAUUUACUGUGUAUGUAAACGAUUGAUGUCUUUUACACUUUUCUGACCAUUCCCUUUCUAGCGUCAAAGCAGAUUCUUCAGACUGGCAUCCGCAUACUUUCCGCAGUUUUGCAUUGUUUUCCAGCUGUUUAGAUUAUUUACACUGGUAAUGUUUUCAAUAUUCGAGGUUGACUGCACGUUGUACCAUGACUCAACGAGUGUGGACUGCGAAGGAUUUACAGUUUACAAUAUACCUCACUGCGACCCGUACUGCUGGAAGACGAUAUGGCUCGUGUGCUCGAUCAUAACAUCCACCGUGUGGUUUUGUUUGCUCAACACAAAUAUGUUACCAAGGUUAAGGCCAGCAAGGAACAAAAAAAUCUUCUGGAGUAUCAUCAAAAAGCCUUACUUCUGGUCUCUCAACACAACUGCAGGUUCCGUUGUCCUUUAUGAUGUAUUAAUCAUGGUCAACAAUAGAAACGCGAAGAUUCACGUCGAAUGUUUAGUGGUGGUUUCCAAACUGUGGACAUUGUAUUUGUUAUUUCAAUUGAAUUUUACAUUUCCGCCUUCAGAGGAUAAAGGCUUUCGAGCUAUUUCCAGAGGUGCCUAUUGUUUAACUCUGUCUGUUUUUGUCUUGGACAAUCUUUGCAAGUUUUUAGUCGUUACAAGUCAGGUCGCCUUCAAGUUUUACACAGUGGAGCAUGGUAUAACAAAGCCAAUGACCAUAGUAGACCUCAUGUUAAUGAUUAUAAAUGCUUCCCUGUAUCUAAGCUUUCUUCAGUUUUUUUGGCAGAAGCUUUUUCGAGGCGAUAAAGACAUACUGACAGUGUUUAAACAAGAGUUUCGGUUAACAGAAAAUAUACGAGUUCCGCGUAGACGAAAAUCCUUCUGACAGAUAAUACCGUGUGGAAAGAAUUAUAUCCUCUACUGUUUAGUAUUACUCUUGACGUAAAACUCAGGGAAUCGAUUUCGAUACAAAUAUCAAAUAUAAAUUGUAGUAAUUGCACCCAAAUAUUUUUUCCCUCUCUUCAGUAAAUUUAUUUAUUUUCUCUUUUAAUAGCAUUUGUGG